AAAGAAGACACGUUCAUUUUUCAAAAACCAUACAAAACACACACUCUUGUGUCAAUAUGCAUCACCACACACCCACACUCACACCCACGCAUAUAUCUUAACUCUCUUCUUCCUUCUCCACAACAACUCAUCCUUCAUUCUUUCAAAAGACCAAUCUGCAUUUUGUCCAUGACAAACCAUCAUCAACAACAACAACAAGAUCAAAAUCAAGAUCAAGAACCCAUGGUUCCAAUGGAAUAUUCCAAGAAAAACCCUAAUCUUGAAACUACCCUCAACCACCAUCAUGUCCCACCAUCACCCUCAUCUUCUUCACAAGAUUUACAUCAUCAACAACAUAUGCAUAUUCCAAACAAAACCUAUGAAGACAAAGGGUUCAUCUUCAAGAAUACUAAUAAUAAUCAAGUGAUGAUCAAAAACCCUAAUUUUCUUUCUUCUUCUUUUUCUUCUUCUACUACACUAGCAGCCGGAGAAGGAUACACUAUGCCACCACCACCACCGCCACCACCAUCGCCACAACAUAUCAAGAAAACCCAUCAUCAACAUAAUAUUCAUGUAUCAAAGAAGAUAAAUGAAAAUGAAGGCGACUUCACCAUCAAGAACACUAGUAACAUUAAUUCUCUUGCUUGUUCUUCACCCGAUGAUGCGGACGGAAAAGAGGUGGAGGAGAGUGGAAGAGAUAAGUUAAAGAGGCACCGGGUUGAGAUGGCGGGUCGGGUUAGGAUUCCAGACAUGUGGGGGCACGAAGAUUUGCUCAAAGAUUGGAUAGAUUGUACGGUGUUUGAUUCUUCUUUAGGGAACAACUCCAUAAUGUCAGCUCGAGCUGCUUUGGUUCAAGAACGAAGAUCAACCCUAAGGAUACAGAAUUAAUUAAUGCUAGCUAGCUAAUUAUAUAACAAUAUUGGUCGAGUUUGGUUUAUUUAAAUGGUCAAACUUUCUUGUGUAUUAUCUUGAGAUGUCUACCAAGUUUCUGUUUUAGAUUAAUUAUGUAUGUAUUCUUUAGUGAAUUAUCGAUGAUAAAGUCAUAAAGUGAUAAACGAUAAAUAUUCGACAUAUAUUUAUGUUGUUUCUGGUGUUAAUUUUAAAUGAAUAAAACAGCUAGUUUCGUUUA